AUGGCCGAGCCUGCGCAGAAGAAGGCCCGCACCAGCCGCACUUUCCUCUUCUCUUCCGAGUCUGUCAACGAGGGCCAUCCUGACAAGAUCUGCGACCAGGUGUCCGAUGCAGUGCUGGAUGCAUGCCUCAAGGUGGACCCCAAGAGCAAGGUGGCUUGCGAGACUGCAACCAAGGAUAACAUGGUCAUGGUGGCAGGUGAGAUCACCACUGAGGCCAAGUUGGACUAUGACAAGGUUGUGCGAGGAGUUGUGGCACAGAUCGGUUUUGACAGCUUUGUGGAUGACUGGUCCAGCGUGGACAGCAAGGGAUUGAGCCACAAGAGCUGCGAAGUGCUGGUGCGCAUCAACAAGCAGAGCCCUGACAUUGCCGGCGGCGUCCAUGUGAACAAGGAGGACUUGGACGUGGGUGCCGGUGACCAGGGCAUCAUGUUUGGAUAUGCCAGCGAUGAGACAUCUGACUGCAUGCCUUUGACCCACUCCAUGGCCACGCGUUUGGGCAAGACCCUGACUGAUGUUCGCAAGAGCGGUGAGUGCUGGUGGUUGCGCCCAGAUGGCAAGACCCAGGUGACCAUUGAGUACCUGCAGCACCCUGAUGGCUCCGUUGAGCCAAAGAAGAUCCACACCGUGGUGAUUUCCACUCAGCACGCUGAGCCUCUGAAGGCCGUGCGCAGCAAGGAGUGCGAGGGCUACAAGGGAGCUGAGAUGACUGCCCCAAGCAUGGAGCAGAUGAACAAGGAGAUUGAGGAGAAGGUGAUCAAGCGCACUCUUGAGCAGAUCAAGCUGAAGAAUGGCCAGCCUGCCAUCAGCCUGUACGGCAGCCACACUCACUUGCACGGCAUCAAUCCUUCUGGCAAGUUCAUCAUUGGUGGUCCUCAGGGUGAUGCGGGUCUCACUGGCCGCAAGAUCAUCAUCGACACCUACGGUGGCUGGGGUGCUCAUGGUGGUGGUGCGUUCUCCGGCAAGGACCCUACCAAGGUGGACCGAUCCGCAGCCUACAUUUGCCGACAGAUGGCAAAGUCUGUGGUGAGCAGCGGCUUGAGUGCACGAUGCCUUGUGCAGCUCUCUUAUGCCAUUGGUGUUGCCAAGCCAUUGUCUCUCUUCGUGGAGACCUAUGGAAGUGAGAAGACCGGCCUCACCGUGAACGACAUCACCAGCAUCUUGAAGCGCCUUGGUUGUCUGAAUGUUUGUUUGGGACAGUGGGGUGGGGUUCCGCAGAGAUCUGCAGAGAAUCCGAUUGAGUUCGACUGCCGUCCUGGUGCCAUUGCGCAGUCCUUGGCAUUGCGCGAGCCAAAGUACCAGGAGACCGCAGCAUACUGCCACUUCGGCCGUGAGCCAGUCACCAAGAACGGCAUCAAGUACUUCGAGUGGGAGAACGCAAAGGACCUGGCCAAGUACAAGUCCAUGGACACCACCCAGGUUGAAGCUGCCUUGAAGGCCAGCACCUACCUCGCUAAGUGGGUUGACUGA